GCUCGGCCACCCUCCAGCAGUGACCGGGGGCAGAUGGCGCUGCAGUUCGAAGCCUUCUGUGCGGGGGGCCUGGCCCCUGGCUGGAGCCUGCUGGUCCAGGGACAGUCUGACUCCGGAGAGGACAAGUUCGAGAUCAACUUCCUGUCCGAGUCGGGGGACAUUGCCUUCCACGUCAAGCCCCGGUUCUCCAGCACCACCAUGGUGGGCAACGCCUUCCAGGGCGGCUGCUGGGGCCAGGAGGAGGUGUCCAGCAUCUUCCCCUUGGUGCUGGGGGAGCCCUUUGAGAUGGAGGUCAGCUCGGACGCGGAGCACUUCCACGUCUACGCACAGGAGCACAAGGUGCUGCAGUUCCCACACCGCCAGAGGCCGCUGGCCGCCAUCACCAGGGUGCGGGUGCUCAGCGACCGCCGCCUGGCCCAGGUGGAGCUGGCCAAGAGGGACCUGAGCUGGGGGUAA